UUGUCGUCGGUUCCCGUCGUGGAGCAUAUCGCACAAGGCGGCCGGGCCGGGUGCGCCGGCGCAGGUGCCGCCGCCGCCCCGCGCCUCCAUUGGCCGUCCCCUCGCUCCGCGGAUUGGGCCCGGCGCACGUGCUCGGCCGAGCUCUCCUCCACCGCCGCGCCACCUGGCCCCGGCGCACGGGGAGCGCUUAUAAGGCCGCGGACUUCCCUCACCGCACCACUUCCACUCUGGACGUCGACGAGUGAACGCGCCCGUCGCUCACAUCCAGAACACACAGCUACGCGCUACGACCGCACGCCGCUUCCUACAUACGACACAUACAGUGAUACGUGGACUGAUCGGUUGUGA